AAAAAAAUUCCAAGAACUUAAUGAGCUUUAGUGCUUUCAUUUUAAUCCUACACAUUACCGCUAUUAUAAUGGCAGCAAUAAGCAAAGGGCUGACAAUCAGAUGGGGCAAAGAGGAAGCUGUUUAUAUGCUAGAAAGGUAAAGCCAAUGCACUUAACAUUCUCGUGUCUGUAUGCACAGCAGAGAUAGUUUUGAUCAAUAGCAACGUGCCUUUUUAUUUUUCUUUUUUUUACAGCCUACUUAACAGCUCUAAAAGUUCUGAGGAACAAUUUAUGAGAUUAUUUUUUUUUCAGCUUUGUAAAAGUGACUCAAAGCCUUCAAAGGCCUACUUAAACAACAAAUUUAUACUCUUACUUCACCACACAACUCCCAGAAAAUGUCCUCUGUCACAACUUCACAUUAGUUCCUAUGACACGUUAUUUUUAUACAGCUCUUAAGCAACUGUUUUAUUUCCAAGUUUUAGGAAUAGAUCCUAGACUUAGGUUUCCACAAACACUUGAGUGAUACAGACCAAGGAAAUUGGAUGCUGCUUAAUCUCAAAGAAUGUGGAGCUUUUUUUGUUCCAUUUUCUAAUGCUGACUGCAUAUAUUAACCAAUUUCUAAAAAAACAUGCAUUCCUUUAUAGUCCAGAACAGAACCUUAGUUUUACUAAAAAAUAAAGUUAAAAAUUAAGCAUCCUUAGAUGCUUAAUUCUGCCAAUCCUACAGAACAUCUCUCAUUUCAAUUUACAAUUUUCAUUACACAGCUGCUGACACAAGGUGAAAAACAAACAGAAAACCAACCCUCAGAUAAGCAUUAAAGCAGCUUCAGGGGAGCAGAGGCUUUACUGUUCCCUCACAGAACACUCACACCAUCACAAGAGUGGGUUUGGUUUUGAUUUUUUUUUUCUCAAAUGCUCAUCUUUAUGCUGUUGAAGAGGAAAAACAUAAUUUUAUCUAUGUAAAUAAUUGUUGUAUCAGUGCAAAUCUGCUGUUGCUACAGGAGUAGAGCCUACUGCAUGAAGACUUCGUGAUGCCUGCUUCCAAUUACAAAAGAGUCUUAAAGCAGAGACUGCUUUUGUUCAGCUCUGUUAUUUUAUGAUGGCCCAGAAGCAGCUCCAACUAUCCCCACAUGAAGGGAGUUAAACAAGGCCUAUUCAGCCCACUGUUUCUUCAGGGCUUUUCAGUGCUGAGGACCACGCUCUGUACCGAGGAUUUGAUUUCAGACUUAACCACUGAUAUUUCAGACAGAUACUGCCUGCAUGCUCUCAGGGAACAGAGACUCGGUAUCUCACUGGAUACUUUCUGCCCUUAAAAACAGCCAAAUGGUUCCUCAAGUAAUAAGAAAAAUUUUUGAAGUGAGAAAAAUCAAAUUAAUAAAAUGUCAAUCUAAAUAGUGAUUCCACUGAGCAAAAUGACAAAUACAAUAGCUCACAAGUUCAGACAGCUUGGCAUACCGAGCACAUUUUAUGGAAAAAACCCACAUGCCUCCAUUUUCAAAAAGCUGAUACAGACGACUACUAGCUACCCACAAUGCAGAAACAGCAGGAUGCACAUGUGAAGCAUUAAUUCUCUAUUUUGGUGAAAACUUUUCCUCUUUCAUCCAAGAAGUACUGAAUGGUAAUUAACUCAUUUUAAAUUUAAUACCAAAGAGAGGUUCAUGAUCUACUUCUGUUUGCCUGAAACAAAAAGCAAGCAACCUCGUUAACUCCUCCCAUGGCAGGACUGCCGUUUGUCCUCAAGCAGGAAAACAUCAUUUGCAAAGACUUUGGUACUGUCUGUUAAUGCACAAUGACUUCAUUUGCUGCUGGAAGGAGGGAAAAGAUUUGUUCCAGCAAAAUGGCAACCAUGUGAGACUAAACGGCAAAAGCUGUUUAUAAACAUCCCUGCAUUUUGUUGAAAUACUGAUAUAUUGGGAUAAAAUGAUGUGCUGAUUUUGCACAGUAAGCACAGCAUGAUUUACAUGGGAUUGGAAUACAACAGAAUACUAGUGUCCAGCAGUUGUUAUUAAUUACAAUUUCUUCUGUUUGUUUUUACUUUUACAGGAAAUUAAGAGUUCACGGAAAGCUUUAAAGGAGUUUUCUGGAAAGGAAAUAACACUUUGGUGUCUUUUUAUGAAGACGACCACCUGAAUUGUGUAACAUUCCUACAGCUGGGGGACCUGCCUUCAGCGUGCAGCGCAGGAGGAAUUCUUUCCUGCAUUACAAAUUGGGAAGAAGUGUUAAGAGUGAGCGCUGGGAAAUGGUCCUCUCUGAGAGGUGUGGAUGUAUCAGGAUGUAGCUGCUGUACAAAGUUUAUCCUUGGAUAACUCUGGACAGAGAUAAACCUCCAUUGCUGACCUCCUGAAGAGGCGAUCCUUGUUCAGGCCCCAGCAUAAUGAAUAGUUUCCAUCACGCUGCGCUGAAGCUCCAGCCUCCCAACUACUGCAUCCCACAAAAGAGCUUGUACAAGCUACAAAGAAAGUAAUUCUUGUUAAAGGCAUUAAACCAAACAAAAGAGGCUCUCCAUUCACAGACUUUACAUGAGAACAGAAAUAGAAGGAAGCUGAAGCUUUUUUGCUCCUCUGCCGGUGUGCUGAGGUACCAUGGUAAAUCAUAGUUGGGUUGCCCCUGGAGCAUAGUGCCUGGAAGCGAGCACCACCAGGAGGGGGCGGCCGAGGGAGAAGUCGUCCAUGGAGUGAAGUAUAAGAGCAAGAGAGGAAUUGGUUUGCUGGAUAUCCUCAAGCACAAAAUUUACUCUUACCUUUAAAUACGAUUUUGAAGAUCAGAAUUCAUCAUCUCAUCAUUCCUGACCAUGAUUACUGUACCCUGGAGCGUCUUCCUAAUUUGGACUAAAAUAGGGCUGUUACUUGACAUGGCACCUUAUUCUGUCACUGCCAAAGCGUGCCCAUCAGUAUGUCGCUGUGAUGUGGGUUUCAUAUAUUGUAAUGAUCGCGAUUUGACAUCUAUUCCUACAGGAAUCCCAGAGGAUGCUACUAACCUCUUCCUUCAGAACAAUCAAAUAAAUAAUGCUGGGAUUCCAUCGGAACUGAAGAACUUGCGUAGGGUGGAAAGAAUAUUUUUAUACCACAACAGCCUAGACGAAUUCCCCACUAACCUCCCUAAGUACGUCAAAGAACUGCAUUUGCAGGAGAAUAAUAUAAGGACCAUCACUUAUGAUUCACUUUCACAAAUUCCUUAUCUGGAAGAACUGCAUUUGGAUGAUAAUUCUGUUUCCGCUGUUAGCAUUGAAGAUGGAGCUUUCAGGGACAACAUCUAUCUCAGACUUCUUUUUCUCUCUCGAAAUCACCUUAGCACCAUUCCCUGGGGUUUGCCUAAAACAAUAGAAGAGCUACGCUUGGAUGAUAAUCGUAUUUCCACAAUUUCAGAGCUGUCCCUUCAAGACCUUACAAAUCUAAAACGCCUUGUUCUAGAUGGAAAUCUUCUAAAUAACCAUGGAUUAGGAGACAAGGUCUUCAUGAAUCUAGUCAAUCUUACAGAACUGUCAUUGGUUCGCAAUUCACUUACAGCUGCACCAGUAAAUUUGCCAGGAACAAACCUAAGGAAGCUUUAUCUUCAAGAAAACCAUAUCAAUCACGUGCCACCCAACGCUUUCUCUUAUUUAAGGCAGUUGUAUCGACUAGAUAUGUCCAAUAACAAUCUCAGCAAUUUACCUCAGGGUGUCUUUGAUGACCUGGACAACAUAACUCAGCUGUUUCUUCGCAACAACCCUUGGCACUGUGGGUGCAAAAUGAAGUGGGUCCGUGACUGGUUGCAGUCAUUGCCUUUGAAAGUGAACGUACGCGGGCUGAUGUGCCAAGCACCAGAAAAAGUGCGCGGAAUGGCUAUCAAAGACCUCAAUGCGGAACUGUUCGAUUGUAAGGAUGACAUGAGCACCAUCCAGAUCACUACUGCAGUACCCAACACGCUGUACCCAGCCCAGGGACACUGGCCGAUUUCUGUGACCAAACAACCAGACAUCAAGACCCCCAACCUAAACAAGAACUACAGAACAACGGCCAGCCCGGUACGCAAGAUCAUUACAAUAUUUGUGAAAUCAGUGAGCACAGAGACCAUCCACAUCUCCUGGAAAGUUGCGCUGCCAAUGACAGCCUUACGGCUCAGCUGGCUCAAGAUGGGCCACAGCCCUGCCUUUGGAUCUAUAACUGAAACCAUCGUGACAGGGGACAGGAGUGACUAUCUGCUUACAGCACUCGAACCAGAGUCGCCGUACCGUGUGUGCAUGGUCCCCAUGGAAACCAGCAACAUCUAUCUCUCUGACGAGACACCUGAAUGCAUUGAGACCGAGACAGCUCCCCUCAAGAUGUACAACCCGACAACCACACUCAACCGGGAGCAGGAAAAGGAGCCCUACAAGAACUCCAGCGUGCCUCUGGCCGCCAUCAUUGGUGGCGCGGUGGCACUGGUGGCCCUGGCAUUGCUGGCCCUGGUGUGCUGGUACGUCCACAGGAAUGGGGCCCUCUUCUCCCGGCACUGCGCCUACAGCAAGGGGCGCAGGAGGAAGGAUGACUAUGCUGAGGCAGGCACUAAGAAGGACAACUCCAUCCUAGAAAUCAGGGAGACUUCUUUUCAGAUGAUACCCAUCACCAAUGACCAGGUGACCAAGGAGGAGUUUGUAAUACACACCAUUUUCCCCCCUAACGGCAUGAAUCUGUAUAAGAACAGCCACAGUGAAAGCAGUAGUAACAGGAGCUACAGAGACAGUGGUAUUCCAGAUUCAGAUCAUUCACACUCAUGAUACUGAAGGACAUGAAAGACUGGUUUGGUUUUGGUUGGUUUGUUGUUUGUUUUUUUUUUUUUUAAAAAAGAGAAAAGACUGACUUUUAACGGUUGCUGUUCUACUGCAAAACACUGGAUUAAAGACUGACAAAGCAAUGUACUGUACAUUUGCCAUAUAAUUUAUAUUUAAGAACUUUUUAUUAAAAGUUUCAAAUUUCAGGCUACUGCUGCGAUUAAUGUAGUGGGGAUACCUGACCACAAUUCUAUAUUUUAGUAUUUUUUAGUAAUUUGUACUGUAUUUUCCUUGCUAAUAUUGAAGUUACAGACCAUUUAACUUUUGUGUUCUACUGAGUAAGAUGACUUGUUGACUGUGAAAGUGAAUUUUCUUGCCGUGUUGAGCAGUCAGAACAUUCAUCUGAGAUCCUUGUAAGUGUAAGCACAGGCCAUUUUUCACUUUGAUAUUAAUAAAAUAAUGUUAAACCUGGCAAAUCAGGAAGAUCAAGAAGUGGUUGCAAAAACUCACAGAACUUAAAUGUUGGGUCUGUUAAAUCUGUAAACCACGACAAUAUUCAAUAAACAAAAAUGCGUGUAGUAAUGGGCAAUAUCAGCUGUCUGGAUACAUCCAUCCAACAAUGGUGAAAUCCAAUCUAAAAAGAAAAUAAUCAAAUCGAUUACAUGCAUGAGACUGAAACUGUUGACAUGUGUAAAGAAAAAACUGACCCUUGGAAGAAAGCGUAACAAAAUUCCUAACAAGGAAUUCUAAAGAAAUGCGCUAGGCUCCAGUAACCAAGGGGUAGAUAGGGUGUAAUGGUAGAUUUCUGGUUAUCAACACCAGUGGUCUGUUAGAGAGAAAAUGGUGAUGGAUGGCCACAGACAUUUGGAAGGCAGUGGCAGGGGGACAGGGAGAACACUGAGCAACUGUUCUUCAGCAGAAGGGCUGGAAGUACAGUUUCAUGAGGAGAGCAAACAGGACGAAAAGCAGGCAAGCAGCGUCUCAUAAAUUUUAGUCACCCAGGUCAAAAGAAAAUUGGGGAAUGCAGAUAUUUUAAAGCAUAUACUAAAACAUUCUGUAGGUAUGCGUUAACUGUACUGCCAUUACAGUCAGGAAUACUGCCCAUUACUGUCACAGUUUUCCAGAAAUUCCUUGCUAAAUCUGUAAAGUAACGUUUCUUUCUGCCUUCCUGCUGAACUAUAUGCUAUUUCAUGUUUAAACCCCAAGCCACACUUUGUUGCCAUAAUCAUUUGUCUUUUCAACUAAAAACCAAAGUGCAUUGUACGCCCUUUGGCCAGUCUUGUAUGUGCCUUGAUCCAACGCUACAUGUAUCAAGUUUUUUAAAACAAAACAAAAAACCCUAAAAAAAAAAAUAAAAUACCCACUUUUUCGUACAUAACUUAAAUAUGACAAACAUUGGUCUCAUUGAUGAAUAAAGUUGAAAAAUCAGUAGAGUAACGCCACAUAUCUGAGGUGCACUGACAGGAAAGCCACUCAGAAGCUACUAUUUUUCAGGUCCUAAGUUCCAUCUUUUACUUUGUUCAAUAUGGUAUCACACUUCUGGGUUUCUGUACUGUUAAUUACUUCAGUAGCGAGUUUUAACAACUUCCAAUUGUAUCAGCAAUGAAGGGAAAUUACAGUUACACCUCUCUCAGAUCUUUUUCAGCAAAACCACCAAUUAAAAGGUAGAGGGACAUACAAAUGCUUAAUAUUUUGGACAUUAUUUUGGACAGGAAAGAAUGUAUACCAAAUGCAGUUCAAUUUUAAGAGUAUUUUAGCCUCUCUGUUUCUCCAGGAGUAGUAAGGGGUGGAAGAUGACAGGAUGAACUACAGGAGAUGCCAAUAGUGAUGGUUUCAGCAGUCACUCAACAAAUGACUCCUGCCAGAGGUCCAUCUGCCUGCACAGACACCAAGUUGCCAGUAACAGACAGCUCAUUUCAGCUUCAUUUACCAGAUGUGGCCAGAGAAGUUCCUCUCCAAACACUCCAUGCCACAGUUUCCAGUUUUUGGGAAGUGGAGGAGCAGCUCUGCACUUCACCGCUCACCUCUCGCAGUCCCACCUGUGGAUCCACAAUGCCAAUGUACUGGGGACACAUGAUGCUGAACAGCCCUGUGCUGCUCUGGGAGACGUACUCAGCAGGACUAUUCUGCUCUAUUUUCUCAACAGGUACAAAUCUGAAGGGUGAGAAAGCCAAAACUAGGCAUGUGGAGACGCAUUUCAUUCUGGAAGACCAAUCCAGAUAGAGAAGACUGACCUGCUUUUCUUCAUGCAAACUAGCAUACUGGGACCCUAUCUGAAAUACACUUAAUGGCUGGCUCGCUGGCAACAGAUUACUAGUUCUUUGCCAUCAGCACUCCAAUAGCAAAAUCAAAAAGGUUUUGCUGCAUUUUAAGCUGUUGAUAUGAAAACCUCUCUUGUAGCUGACUCAAAACUUGUACUGUGGAAAGGAUAAAAGAAAACCCCAUGAAUACUUUUCCUGUGCCUCUCCUGGGGUUAGCCAGAGGCAGCUUAAUAGCACUGCACACCAUCUACCUGCAUUUCUGAGGUGAUUCCACACAGGCAUCCUGUGGACUAGCAGAAGUCAUCAUUUGAAGAGAUAGUUGCAAUCUUAAUUGCAAGGACUUCUCUUAUAAAACAUAUGUUAUAUGAGACAGUAAUAUGCAAAUCCAAAGCAACUUCAACAAGCUGGCCCAGUUGUUCCAGGUUUACCUCCUCCAGAAAGCAGAUGAGAACCUGGAGCAAUGAUGCCAGGCUCUGUGGAAAAGCAGACCAGGUUUGCAGGCAGAGCUGGUGUCUUCCUACAGCAGCUGCUGUCAAUGGAAAAAACACGGCACAUCUACGCAUACAAGAUCUUCAAGUUCUAUGCCAACUUUAAGAAAACACGCAUAAUAUGAAGCUCUGGUAAUUUGGCAAGUGAAAGAUUAAUUUCAAACUAAAGUCUGUAUUUUUUUUCUUCUGAUAUUUACAAAAAUUUCUGCUGCUUGUCAUGACCAUCUCUCAAGACUCUUCUACUUAACCUAACUCCAGUUACAGCAUGCAGUACACUCUAGCACCAGUACAUACAUCCAUUCAUCCAUUCUAUUAGACAGCUAUAUAUUCAGACAAAUCAGAUUACUUCAUUCAGCAGUAUACUCAUUUAUCAAAAUAAAAUUAAUCCACAUUAAAUUUAUCUCAACUAUUAAAAUCCACGUUAUUUCAGCGUGCUGUUAAAUAUUUAAUUUCAGAGCAAGGAGUGAAAUGUUUUUCAACACAGCCUAAACCCCUGUUCAGAGUUAACUUAAUCAGCAUCUUCUAUGUUAGUUUAUGCCCAGUAUCUUUCACAUCCCUUAUUACUGCUCCCUUUCUUGAUUUAUAUUACUCACAGUUCUGUUUAUUCUGAAUGCUGACACCAAAAAAAGAAAACAAAAAAAAAAAAAACAGGUACUUUGGAAGCCAUAUUAAUUUUAUCUCAUUUCAGUAAGUUCCAUAACUACAUUUGCUUCAUUUUUAAGCUAUUACUUCCUAACUCUGUACAACAGCCUGAAACGCAACAACUGUUGGGGUCUGGGGUUGUGUUUUUGUUUUUCCUGGCUUUAACAGUAGCACAAUCAAAGCAUUAUGGCUUUGGAACACCGUUACCAAUUCUGCUAAUGCUUUAGCUAGCUUGCAAGCUAUGUUGUGCCAAUGCUGUACAUACUGUGUAGAGCAGCAAAUGCAAUAAAGCAAGAAUGAAAGUAAUAAAAAGCCUUAUUUACUAUUCAAAUAACUCACUGAUGAUGUAACGCAAUGAGCACGUAUACAGACUUCUGUCUUAAAUAAGAGGGUAUCGUUUUGUGUGUUCGUCCGCAACUACAGUUGGACGCGAUCUUCGAUCAUGGACUGGCAAAUGCCACCUACUUCUGUUUCUCCAAACCAGAUUACUUUUGGUUUUGGAUGGAGCCAUCACUCGCUUGGAUGUCCUCCGCUUUCAAAACAGCUUAACCUUACUUUCAAAUCCACAGAGGCACGUUCACCACAGAGUGCUUCAGGAUCACCUUGGGAAUGAGCUUGGUUUAAUUAACUGUUUCCUAAGCGUCACCACAACAACAAGCUUCAAGCCACAAGCCAGUGCUUACCACAACUGCAAUUUUUACAGAGCGUCUACUGACUCCAUAUCCGGGGAGUUUCUUCCAUCCAGAAGCGGUUCAUCAGAAAGAAAGAUGAUUGACUGAAACCAGACAGGAAAAUUUUAUCCUUUGAAGUCUAUUUUGUCUUUGCAAAUGAAUUUAAUUUGAGGGAUGCUGAAGGAGCUUUCCUCUAGCAAUCAAAUUAGAGCUGUUUCAAACCCUCUGAAGAUAUAACUGUGUAUCAGUCUGGGCACAUAAUCUUUUUUUUGGUGAACAUGCACACUGGCUUUAUUCUCAAUAGUAAAUCACCAGAUUGUUUCCUGAUCCUUGUAAAAAUGUAGACAAAAACAAGAUGUAUCUCAGUAAAACAGCUGCACAGCACCUAGUUCAAAGCAACCUUUACCAGCAUCCAUCAGGAUGCUCAUUUUCCUGCAGCUAUAAUGAUUGUUGAGGAACAUUCAUACCCACUGUGGCAACCAAAGCACUUGAAUGAAUGUUAAGCCAAAUAACUGACCUCUAGCAGCUCCUGGGAUUGUCAGGGGUCCAAGGUGCAAGCAGCCAGCAACUCCAUUCCCCUUCCAAGAAGGGGAUGGCAGCGGCCAGCAGCUGACCAUCAGCGCAGUGCUGCAGCAUCCUACCACUCCACACACAUCUCUAAGCAAAGGUUUGUCAGAAGCUACCUCAAAGAACAGGAUUUCAGGACCAGUGUGUAUCAGCAGACUUCCAUCACUUGUUGCUGCCUCUGCUUUUGCUUAGGAUGAAAACACAAUGGAGUCAUGGUAUAAAACCUCCCAAGACUGCUAACACCACCAAGAACUGAAAACACUUUUUGAAACCUGAAUCCAGACCUUUCAGCUUAGCAAGAGCACUCAUAAAUAAGUUAUAAAAAUAGAAGUGUCUUAAUAGGGCUAAUUAAAUAAUCUGACUUGUUGAAGUGGGCUGAUAGCAUCCAUAGAGGCUGAUGCUCUGUCCUGAGCAGCCCUCUUAAGUCCCCAAACCAAGAAGCAGGUCAGAGUCCAGUGCUCACC